AUGACGAUUACCAUUAACACCCCGAUGAUGCGACCAUGCUUCACCACAUAUUCCUUCCAAGAUCUCGGCACGAUACCAGGACAAGGCCGCGUGAAUCAGCUUGGCGGAGUCUUCAUCAACGGACGACCGCUGCCCAAUCACAUCAGGCUUAAAAUCGUCGAGAUGGCCGCGUCGGGUAUCAGACCUUGCGUUAUAUCGAGGCAGCUCCGUGUAUCCCAUGGUUGCGUCUCGAAGAUCUUGAAUCGCUAUCAGGAGACUGGAAGCAUUCGGCCCGGCGUAAUCGGCGGUAGCAAACCGCGAGUUGCCACGCCGGAAGUCGAGGCGAAGAUCGAAGAGUACAAGCGCGAGAACCCGAGCGUCUUCUCCUGGGAGAUCAGGGAUCGAUUGGUCAAGGAAGGGAUCUGCGAGAAGGCGAACGCGCCCAGCGUAUCCGCGAUUUCCCGGCUGAUCAGAGGUCGCGACACCGAGGAUGACGCGAGAAUUGGCGAGGUUAAGACGAGUUCCGGAUCUGAUUGCGACAGUGAGCCGGGCAUCACUCUGAAGAGGAAGCAGCGCAGAAGCCGGACGACCUUCACCGCCCACCAGCUGGACGAGUUGGAGAAGGCCUUCGAGAGGACCCAGUAUCCCGACAUUUACACUAGAGAGGAGCUCGCCCAGAGGACGAAGUUAACAGAGGCUCGAAUACAAGUCUGGUUUAGCAACAGGCGAGCCAGACUUCGCAAGCAGGUCUCUUCAACGACCGGCGGCUACAGUUCUAUGACGUAUUCCACGCCGUACGUGCUCCACUCGUCGGCGCCACCUCAUCCUCACGCUGCGGCGGCCGUGCCACCUGUUCACCCGCAUCCUCACGCCCACCCUCAGAACUUGUCAGACGGACCGUUUCCCACGAACCAAGUUGCUGAUCUGUAUCCCCAUCAUUCAGCGAUGUCUCAGCAACUGGUGGGGAAUCCCCCGCGUCUGUCGUCGUCCAUCGCAUCCGCUCCACCGUACAGCUUCACGACCGCAUCGGCUUAUCAUCCUGCCUCGUUGUUGCCGGCAUCGUCCGCGGUUACUCCCAUGAGUCACCAAGUGUCUCCCGUACCUUCUACCUCGUCUACCUUCCAAGCCGGCGGUCAUCAUCAAUUGCCACCUACUCCGAAUUCUCUCGUGACUAUGAUGGGGCCAAAUUCCGGCAACUCGAACUCCGUUCCUGAUCAGCUGAACGCGCCUGAGCUACCAAUUAAUCCGGUCUCGCCCGUCCAGCAGCAGCAGCAACAGCCGCCGCAGCAGCACCAACAGCAACAAACCAGUCAAGAGAACGUGACGCCAUCGUGGAACGCUGCGAUUACCAGCGGCGCUAGAAUGAAUCUCCCGAGUCCGCCGAUGAGCCUUCAGCAACCUCAUCCCUAUAACGCUCACCAGGCUCAUCAGGCUUUUGCAAGUUCUUACAGUGCCCAAGGCUUCCAGCAGCAAUCGAGACCAACCAGUGCCUAUUGGUUUUGAAGUUUGUUCACGCAGAUGUUAAUUACAUCCGACGCUUGGUGAUGAUAUCACAGACUUUUCAUUUAUGGAAUUGACACGGACUAGGCAAAGCGUCUAAUUUUAUGAUUAUUAUUCUUUUACUUUCUUUAUUUAUGCUUCCAGUUCCCGAUUAGAUUUUCGUCCACCAAAAGAAGAAGUGUUCAAUAAUUAAAAACAUUCAGUAAUUAAAACAUUCUUGGAUUUGGCAAUUUCGAUCGCCCUUCGUAAAAAGAAUGACGCUUUGCCUAGUUCGCGUCAAUUGUCUUCCAUAAAUGAAAAGUUCUAGUCCAAAAUUGCCUGUUGGUUUUGAAGUUUGUUUACGCAGAUGUUAAUUACAUCCGACACUUGGUGAUAAUAUCACAGACUUUUCAUUUAUGGAAGACAAUUGACGCGAACUAGGCAAAGCGUCAUUCUUCUUAAGAAGGGCAAUCGAAAUUGUCAAAUCCAAAAAUGUCUUAAUUACUGAACAUUUCUUCAUUUGAUGGACAAAAAUCUAAUCGGGAACUGGAAUCAUAA